AGUUACACAGAGAAUGAAGAAGUGACUCUGAGCUGCAACAGUGGUUUCCAGCCGUCCUUCACCCAUGUCAAAUGUGCAAACAGGGUUCAGCCAUUGAAUUAUUCCAUGUCCCUAAAGGAAAAUGUGUGGCUGGGAAGAAACAGCAGUGGUGUGUGGAUUCCGGUUCAGGAGAACAUAGUGUGCAUUGAGAAAUGCCAGAAGCCCCAGUGGGACUCCAGGUUUAUCUUUAACCAAGAAAAAGAGACCUUCAACCCAAAUCAAGUGGUGAAGAUACGGUGUCCUGAGGGGUACUGGCCUCCACUCAUGGAGAUCAAAUGUGUAGCACUGAAGCCACGGGAAGGUUCCAUGAUUCCUCGUAGUGGCUGGAAAGUGAGGAGUGGCACAGACAUCUGGCACCUUAUGGAAGAGACCUUGACCUGUGUGGAUGUCCGCCAGGUUUUCAAUGGGACCCAGAAGGUUUCCAGCACCAGCAUCAAACUGAACUGGAUCUGCAGGUUCCCUCCUAUGUGCCACCGUAUUCGGGCCAGGUGCCGGAUGGAGUUCCAUUCCUCCUCAGACUGUGAGGCUGAGGACGUGAAGGUAGAGGAGAUACUACAAGGCCACAAGGGAACAUUCACCUGCUCCCCUCUGCAGCCCUUCACAGUCUACAGUGUCAUCAUCUCCCUGCUGCCUAACACAAUCCUGUACACAGACCUCAUCAUGACAAAGGAAAUGGUGCCAGACAAGCCAGAGAAUCUGAGGAUGGAUUCCAAAACGGGGACCCUCAGGUGGGAGGCGCUGCCCUCCUGCAAAGGGGAGAUCACUGGAUACCAGCUGAACAUCACCACCUUGAGAGUACAGGACGGCAGCUUCCUUGAAUUCAGGCAGGUGUUGGUGAACCAGUCUGUCUCUGCAUAUGCACCACCUCAUCAGACAGCUGGCAGCAAAUACCUGGUGACAGUGCAGGGCCUGACGGCAGCUGGGGCUGGGGCUGCAUCACAACUGGAAUUUGAAGCCUACGUCCGGGUUUCAGGGCAGCCUCCGGGCCCUUGGCCUGGGUCAGCAGUCACUGUAGUGGUGGUGGUGGUGCUGUUGAUCCCCUUGUCUGCUGGGAUCAUCUGGUUCAUGCUGUUCAGAAAAAAGAAGGCCUUGCCCAGAAAUGCUGAGGAGGAUCAGUACACAGAUCUCCAGCCCUAUGAGAAUGUACACGGGGAUAAUUACUGCGUGAUCGAGAAUUUUCUUGAGAAGGAUGCAGGUAAGUGUGGCCAGGAUGGAGAGCCAUUUCCCCACUCCCUGCUUGUUCAUGAGACUCAGCAGUGAGGAAGAAGAGCAGCUGGAGUGGACAUCUGAGGCACUUCCCUUCUCGAGGCUUGGUCCUCCACCACCAGAAGCAUGACAAUGAGUUAUCCCAUGAGUUAUUGCUUCCCCCCAAAACUGUCUUCUUCAUCAAGCUCCAGAAUCCUCUGCCACAGCUUUAGGCAUGGGACAACCUCCUCGUGACAGCAAGGAUAUGUCCUGGUAGUUUUCCAGUGCUCUGGCAUAGCCAUCUCACCAGCAUCUUGGUGCCUGCAAAUGUUCCCUGAGAUUGGAGGAGCUCACAACUCCUCUUUCCAGGCUGUGUUCUUGUAUCCAUCUAUACCCUGUCCUCUGCUUGAGGACUCUGCUUUGGCCUAGCUGUGCUGC